AUGUCGUCGUCCGCAUCAUCGUUCGGAGAGAAAGAGAAGGUCAUUGGACUUGCAGAUCCCCAGGCUGCAGCAGAGAACCCUACAGAAUACGAACCCAUAAAGACGGAGCCCAGCGCGCAUGAUCCUGAGGCAGACCCGAAAAGGCGGCAAAGUCUAACACGGCUCGAGAGCAAUGUCAGCGCAGUAUCAGACUUCAGCGACAGCGAUGCGAGUACGAAGGCAUCGACACGGAAGAAGAAGAAGUUCUACAAGAGACUCAAUCCGCUGAAAUGGGGCCCCAAGCCACCGAUUCCAAAGGAGCGGGAAGUUUGUCCAGAGCACAGUGCCAAUGUGAUCAGUCGACUCACCUUCCAAUGGAUGCAGCCUUUGAUGGCCACAGGAUACAAGCGACCGCUUGAGAGGACCGACAUCUGGUCCGUGAAUCCUGACAGGAGUGCUGAUGUGCUCAUAGUGCGCCUAAACGCAGCUUUCGCGAAGCGUUUAGAGGAGGGUGGCGACAGGCCACUGUUGAUGGCCAUGUUCGACACUUUCAAACGCGAAUUCAUCCUCGGAGGCCUCUGCCAACUCUCCGCAUCCAUCAUCCAGGCCGUAGCACCGUUCGUGCUGCGAUACUUGAUCAACUUCGCUGUCAGAGCCUACGUCGCCCAACGAAGCGAUGCGCCACCGCCACCAAUCGGCGAAGGAAUCGGUCUCGUCAUCGGAAUCACGGCGAUGCAGGCUCUGCAAAGUUUGUUCACAAACCAGUUCAUGUAUCGCGGUAUGAUGGUCGGUGGACAAGCGCGUGCUGUACUGAUCACGGCUAUCUUCGACAAGGCGAUGAAGCUCUCCGGCAGGGCCAAGGCGGGUGGUCAAGCUGUCCUGGAAGCGCCGCCACCGGAGAUCAAGCCCGGAAGUGAGGAAGAGAAGAAGUGGUAUCAGAAGAUCCUCAAAAAGAAAGAGAAGAAGGCAAAGGAUUCCACGGGUGUCGCUGGAGGUGGUGAGGGCUGGGGUAACGGCCGAAUUGUUAAUCUGAUGUCCACCGAUACUUACCGCGUCGACCAGGCCAGUGGAUUCUUCCAUAUGAUCUGGACAGCACCAAUCGGUAUCUUGAUUACGACAGCUCUUCUCCUGGUCAACCUAACAUACAGCGCUCUUCCCGGUCUUGGACUAAUCAUAAUCGCAAUGCCAUUGCUCGGUAAAUGCGUCAAGACUCUGUUCCAUCGUCGUGUAGCUAUCAACAAAGUCUCCGACCAGCGUGUCAGCCUUACGCAGGAAAUUUUGCAAGCAGUACGAUUCGUCAAGUUCUUCGGCUGGGAAACGAGUUUCCUCCAGCGCAUCCAGGAUAUCAGGAAGAAGGAGAUCCGGGGAAUUCAGGUCCUUCUUACUAUCCGAAACGCCGUUCUCGCUGUCGGCAUGUCCAUACCCGUCUUCGCUUCCAUGCUGUCAUUCAUCACGUUCUCCCAGGUCAACCCCACCUUGGACCCGGCGAAGAUCUUCUCCUCUUUGGCGCUGUUCAACUCAAUGCGUAUCCCGCUGAAUUUCCUGCCUCUCGUUAUUGGUCAAGUCAUUGACGCUAACGCCUCAGUCAAGCGUAUCCAGGAAUUCCUGAUGGCAGAAGAAGCCGAGGAUAACGCCAAGUGGGACUAUGACGCCAAAGAUGCCGUUGUUCUUCAAAACGCAGAUUUCACCUGGGAACGUCAUCCCACCAGCGAUGAAGCGAAAGACGGGCCAAACAAGAAGAAGGAAGGAAACGAGACCAAGGCCGAGACCAAGGCGAGGGUGCAGACCGAAGAGAACGAACAAGCGGCGGACUUGGAAAGACAGAAAAACGCAGCGGAAGAGAAGCCUUUCAGCAUGAGCGGACUAAACCUCACCUUCGGCCGAAACGAGCUGGUUGCUAUCAUUGGAAGCGUCGGUUCCGGAAAGAGCUCACUCCUUGCUGCUCUUGCUGGCGACAUGCGCAAGACCAGCGGUGAGGUCGUUAUGGGCGCUUCCCGUGCGUUCUGCCCGCAGUAUGCAUGGAUCCAGAACGCCACAGUACGCGAGAACAUCGUUUUUGGAAAAGACUUCAAGCAGAAGUGGUACGAUCAGGUCAUCGAUGCAUGUGCCCUGCGACCGGAUCUCGACAUGCUGCCUGUUGGAGACGCCACCGAGAUUGGCGAGCGUGGUAUCACCGUGUCUGGAGGCCAGAAGCAGCGCAUGAACAUCGCCAGGGCUAUCUACUUCAACGCUGAUAUCGUGCUCAUGGACGAUCCUCUCAGCGCUGUCGAUGCACAUGUCGGUCGCCAUAUCAUGGAUAAUGCUAUCUGUGGACUGCUGAAAGACAAGUGCCGUAUCUUGGCUACUCACCAGCUUCACGUCUUAAAUCGCUGCGACAGGAUUAUUUGGGUCGAGAAGGGAGAGAUACAGGCGGUUGAUACGUUCCCCAACCUCAUGGCUCAUAACGAAGGUUUCCAGCAGCUCAUGACAAUGACGGCUUCGGAGGAGAAGCAUGAAGAGGAGGCAGAGGUGCUGGAAGACGAAGUCGAAGACGAGAAGAAAAUUGCGAAGAAACAAAAGAAGCAGAAGAAGGCUGCAGCGCUCAUGCAAGUCGAGGAACGUGCUACCAAGAACGUGUCCUGGGACGUCUGGUUCCAGUACAUCAGAGCAGGAGGCGGCAUCUGGGUCGGACCUCUUGUUUUCAUCUUGCUUGUCCUGUCUCAAGGUGCAAACAUCGUCACCAGCUUGUGGCUCUCGUACUGGACGUCUGACAAGUUCGGCUACAGUGAGGGCGUUUACAUUGGUGCCUACGCUGCUUUCGGAUUCAGCCAAGCCCUUCUCAUGUUCCUGUUCUCGUGGGCUGUGUCAGUGUUUGGUACUGAAGCUGGCAAGAAGAUGUUGCACAUGGCCAUCACUCGGGUCCUCCGCGCACCGAUGUCCUUCUUCGAUACGACGCCUCUCGGACGCAUCACCAACCGCUUCUCCAAGGACAUCGAUGUCAUGGACAACACCCUCACUGACGCCAUUCGCAUGUACUUCCUCACGCUUGCUAUGAUCAUCUCGGUCUUCAUCCUGAUCAUCUCCUACUAUUACUACUACGCCAUCGCCCUCGGACCGUUGUUCCUCUUCUUCCUGUUCUCAGCCGCCUUCUACAGGUCCUCCGCCCGCGAAGUCAAACGCCACGAGGCCGUCCUGCGCAGUACUGUAUUCGCACGCUUCGGCGAGGCCGUUAUGGGCACACCCACCAUCCGCGCCUACGGCUUACAGAAUCAGUUCUCGCGCACCGUACGCGAGGCGAUCGACGACAUGAACAGUGCUUACUACCUAACCUUUGCUAACCAGCGCUGGCUCAGCACCCGCCUAGAUGUAGUCGGUAUUCUACUUGUCUUCACCACAGGUAUCCUGGUCGUCACGUCUCGCUUCAAUGUCAACCCCAGCAUCGCCGGUCUUGUCCUGUCGUACAUUCUCACCAUUGUCCAGAUGAUCCAGUUUACCGUCCGUCAAUUGGCCGAAGUGGAGAACAACAUGAACUCCACCGAGCGCAUCUACCACUAUGGCACCCAGCUCGAAGAAGAAGCGCCUCUCCACACCGACGUCCAAGUCCGACCGACCUGGCCCGAACAUGGCGAGAUUGUCUUCGAGAACGUCGAGAUGCGUUAUCGUGACGGCCUACCACUGGUACUGAAGGGUCUGAGCAUGCAUGUUCGCGCCGGCGAACGCAUUGGUGUCGUCGGCCGUACAGGAGCAGGCAAGAGUUCGAUCAUGUCUGCGCUGUUCCGCCUGCAGGAACUCGCAGGCGGCUCUAUUACCAUUGACGGGAUGGACAUCAGCAAGAUCGGGCUGCAGAACCUGCGCUCGAACCUGGCCAUCAUCCCACAGGAUCCCACUCUCUUCAAGGGCACCAUUCGAAGCAACCUCGACCCAUUCCACAAAAAGUCAGACUUGGAGUUGUGGUCUGCUCUCCGCCAGGCCGAUCUGGUGUCCAACGAGGCCGAAAUGGGCGACAAGAGCGGCCGCAUCCACCUCGACUCCGUCGUGGAGGAGGAAGGCCUCAACUUCUCAUUGGGACAGCGGCAACUGCUCGCGCUGGCCCGCGCACUCGUGCGAGGAUCACAGAUUAUCAUUUGCGACGAGGCAACGUCGAGCGUCGACUUCGAGACCGAUCAAAAGAUUCAGAAGACAAUUGUUGAUGGCUUUGCGGGCAAGACGCUGCUCUGCAUCGCGCAUCGCCUCAAGACUAUUAUCGGCUAUGAUCGCAUUUGUGUCAUGGACCAGGGACAGAUCGCCGAGCUCGAUUCGCCCAUCAACUUGUACGAGCAGGGCGGCAUUUUCAGAGGCAUGUGCGAGCGUAGUGGGAUUCGGAGGGAAGACUUCCUGGUGAAGCACUAA